CUCUCUCUCCCUCUCUCUCUUUCUCCUUUCCCUCCUCUCCAUCUCCCUAUUGCAUUGUAUCUGACUGAUUUUCAGAGCACCUUCGCUGUUUCUCCCUCUCAUUCCCUUUCUGUGAAAUAUCUAGACAGGAAGGAGGUGGCUGCAGAGGCUGAACAAACAAUCUCAUAUUCUGCCUGCAAUGUCAUCGUUCUUCCCCCCAUUUCAGGGGGGUGAAGUUACCCAGGAAGGGAUGCAGAGGAGCUGAAAAGGAAGGGGGGGUUCUCCAGAGGCUGCUGCGGUCAGGGGCAGGGACUGCCACCAGAUGUGCCUGCUUUCCUGGGUUUUGAUUCGAAAGGGACAGCAGGAGGAAAUAUUGAGAGACAAAAGCCUCGGUUGAAAUGAUCAUUUUCUUUAUUUAAUAUGGCAGCAGACACUCUCUGCGUAGGAUCAUCGUACCGAGCAUAAACUGGACUUUCCUACUUGCCUCACAGGAGUCAGACAGAUCCCUGUUUGCUAAAUGAUCAUCCAAGAUGUCCUUGUUGAGUAUCCUCCUGUGGAAUCUGGUUCAUCUCCAAUCUGUCAGAAGACAUCAAAGGUGAUUCUGAGUCCUUAUGUCCUGGGCUUGUGCAAAAGCUGUAUUCUUUAUAUGGUGGAUUACAAUUAAUGAUUUAUGUAAGUUGAAUUAACCCUGUAUCUCUGGGAUGAAGCCUACUUGAUCAUGGUGGAUGAUCUUUUUGAUGUGUCCUUGGAUUCGGUGUGAGGCUAAUUUGGAGAGAGACCAUCAAGGACUGGAAGACUGAUAUUCUCCUCACCAUCAUUUCCUCUAUAGUCUGUGGAGCCACCCUUUGUCCCAUUGCAGGCUAACCUGAUCCUUCUGUUCCUGUUCCUGCCUGACUUCUACCUGCUGCUUGCCCUGCUCUCAGCAUUUCAAGUCAGAAAACCACUGGGUGCAAAGCAUAAUUUAUGUCUUAAAUGCAUGUAGCUUUAGUUUUGACUUCCAUUGAUAAUUCCUUACUGACUUUUUCAAGAUGAAUGUUCUAUUUUGAAAUAUUUCUGUCAGUUUUAUUUUAGAUGUAUGCAUGAUAAAUAUAUGACCAAGUGUUGUCUGAUAUUUUUUGUGAGGUUUUUCUAUAUAUCAAGGAAAUUUUCAUCUUCAAACGUCCUUUUUGAUGUUUGUCCUGAAUUCUGACCUUUCAGUCUCCUUCUCUCGCUUUCUUUUUUUCUUUCAACUCUAACUCUCCUAUUCUUGCUUUUUUGUUUUCAUAGAUUUCUACCAGCAAAUCUUCAUAUUCUCUUCUGUCAGUUUACUUAUUUAAUUAAUUAGUUUUGAAAAAGAGUCUUCUUAUGACUUCUGCCUGGCCUGGCACUCACUAUAGAGACCAUGCUGGUCUUGUACUCACAGAGAUCUGCCUGGCUCUGCUUCUCAUGUGCUGGAAUUAAAGGUGUACACCACAUCUUGCCCCUUCUAUAAGUUUAAAGCAAUACCCAUUAACUGUAUUUCAUCCCCAUCUUUUGUUUUGUUUUGUUUUUGUUUUUUGUUUUUGUUUUUGUUUUUGUUUUUGUUUGAAACAGGGUUUCUCUGUGUUGUUUUGGUGCCUGUCCUGAAUCUCACUUUGUAGACCAGGCUGGCCUUGAACUCACAGAGAUUUGUCUGACUCUGCCUCCCAAGUACUGGGAUUAAAGGCGUGCGCAACCACUGCCCAGCCUCAUCCUCACCUUUAAAAGAAAACAAAAAGCAUGAAAUUAUUUAUCUUCUUAUUUUAAGUUUAGCUUCUGUUCAUAAGGUAUUGUUUACAUGUUAAUACCUUUUGAUAUCUUCUAAUUGUUUUGUAACCUUUAUUUCUUCAAUAUGAUGGUUCCUAAGGCAUACAUGCUUGUUAAUAAUAGUCAUCUGGAACAUGCUACCUCUUGGACUACAAGAAAGGGCUGGUAUAACACUUCAUAUGUAUUUGGUGCCUCAGAAUAUAUAUAUAUUUCAUUGAAAUUAUAUUUUUAUUGAGUACAGAAUAUUUGAACUAUAAUUAUGUUUUCCUGCUUGGAAAGUAUACAUAUUACCAUAUUAUGAACUGCCAUCUAGAGUUAUCAAGGUUACUAGAUUACUAUCAAGAUGCUUAUAUGCACUGAACAGAGAAUAACUUCGUUAAGAGAGGUCAUAAUAGCUUAUUCAUUUUCUACAUCAAAUAUAAAAUUAGGAAUUGGUGCUAAACCAAAUCCUUCUCGCAAUAUCUAAUUUUUCCAUUAUAGAGUAAGUGCUUUGAAAUGAGCAUAAACUGAUACUUUCUCUUAUAUUUUACUGUUUGCUGUUGGUGGGUCCUGCAAUUAGCCAGAUAUUUAGGAAACACCACACAGGAUCAAGUAAUAUUGGGCUUAUUGCAGAGAACAGAAAGAACGGAUUUAGGCAUGAGAAGCACAUGGCCAGGUUGUUGGCAAUAUGUUGGGAGCUUUUAAACCAGGCUUUCCAGGGAAGUUCUUUUCAGAGUACAAUUGGCCACUGUAGUUUGAUCACAGAUGGGAAAUAUGGAAAAGAUUCAGCCUCCAACUCAUCGCAGAUAUCAUAACUUCUAAAUACUUUUUAAAAAAUGGGAGUCCCUUGAGCUUCCACUCCUCUUCAGAUACAUGCAUUUUCCUUGCUUCUUUAGUAUCCUUUCCCACGUUUCACUACUUCUUAUGUUGAAGUAUUCAAAUAAAUGUUUCUUCAUUUUUGUAUAUUCAUUUAAAAUAGGGACAAAAAAAAUAGUUGGUAGCCAUUGAAGACAAUGCAUAGCGAAUGCUUAGAUGUAAGUUUGGUUGUUGUGUGAAUAUCCCAGAAGCAAGUAUCCAUUUCCUGUGAAAUGUCCUAUGUUGCUCUAAGCAAUAAUUGAUUGUUGGAGGCACACAAAUAAACAUAUGUGAGAAGAAGAGACCAAUCAUUAAAACUUUUUAAUUGACUGCACAUAAGUCAUUUUUCAGUUUAGAAAAAAAUUAUAUUGGUAUGUAAAAUUUUUAAAAAUGGAGGCUAGAAAUAUGGCUCAGUAUUUAGGAACACUAGCUACUUCAUCAGGUGACCCAGAUUUGAAUUUCAGAACCCUCAUGGCAGAUCAUUACUGUGUGUAACUCUGAAUACAGGGAACCUGGUGCCCUUCUCUGGCCUCCUCAUGCAUCAGACACAUAUACGGUGCAUGUACAUAAUUCAGAUAAAGAACUCAUAUGAAUCAAAAAUAAUUUAAAAAUACAAUAAGUAAGAAGAUGACAUCAGCUGUCAUACCAAUGCAUCUUCGGCUCUGCACCGAGCCCUGCUCAGUUCUUACUGUGCAUCUACUUUCUUAAAAACACUCAGCAGUUAGGAACACUGGCUACUUAAAUAUCUGUUUUUAUGCCAGGGAAACUCACAUUUCCAAUUUUAUUCCUGAUCUCAAGGUCCCUUUCUAAUGUCUGCUUUUAUAAGUCACUUUGAAAUCAUUACAGAAAAAGUUUAGUUUUCACGUAUCUUGUAUGUUUUCGGCAUCUUGUAUUCCUUCUCGUUGGCCACAGCCACAAGUGGACUUGCCUUUUAAAAUUCUCUUACUUUAACUCCCAUGCAUAAAUCCUAUUGAUUCUAUAUCAAUAUGAAUAAAAAUUUAAUGAUCGUAUCCCCUCUCACCUCAGUUGGAGUCAUCAUUAUCAUGUGUUCAAAUGGACACCUUUGCCCACACUGUUUCCCACUCAUAAUUGUUCUCCAAAAGGCAGAAGGAGUGAUUUUAAAUGCAAACUAUCCAAAUGCCCUCCUACUUUCUAUCAGAGUAAUGACAUUAUUAUAUGCUUCAAUUUUUUUUCUUUGAAUCUAUAAUGCAAUCAAUAUGUAAAGGAAAAUCUUACUAUUAUUAAAUUCACCAAAUAGAUUCUCCCAAAAUGUCUGGGGACAGCUGAGGACUUCCCAAAUCAGACUUUGAAAAACAGUGCUCUCUUAUGUUCUAAUUUAUCACUCUGAAUAACUGUAAACUUUUCUAUGUUGACAAAACUUGGUAGCAUAAUUUGUUCUAUGAAGCAGUGGAAAGGGCUCAGGCGACCCACGGGGGUUCAAGUGCUUGGUGUGAACGCAUGAGAACCUGAAGUCGCAGUGAGAGCACCCACGUACAAGGACGGACAGUAGUGACAUCUUCAGUCUCAGGGCUGGAGUGGUAGAGGCGGGCAGGUCCCCUGUCUCACUAGACAUAGAAGUUACGGUGGUCUCCAGAUUCAGUUAGAAAGGAAGGUUUCAAAUCUUAAGUGAUAGACACAGAAGAAAUAUCCUCUUCUUUCUCAGGAGUGUUUUUAAUUCCCAAUACUUAGAAAAAUUAUUUUAGCCAAAUGGAAAUGAUUCUAAUGAAGUUGAAUGGGGCCUUAGGCAGAAUUUCAGAAAAGAAAUCCUCAACUAUAGGUUCACAGAUUUUGGGUAUCUUCUGAUUCUGAUGUGCUGAGAAAUCUGGAAGCUAAGUUCAAAUAAAAUUGUGCAUGUAGAAUGUAAAAUCAUGUGCCCUAGACGUCAGUGCUGUAGAACGUACCAUGGUAACAGUUGUUUUACAUUUUUAGUACAUAUUGUACAGUUGGUGAAGCAUAGGGAAAUUAUGUGUUUUGUUGUUGUUUGCUUUUUAAUUUGCUUCAUUGUUAGAAAUAGAUUUUCAAUGGUUUCAUGAUAGGUAGAAAGAUGUUAAAGAAAAACAUUUCUUCCAUUCACUAAUAUUUGAGCAUACUACAAAUAAAGGGAAAGCUAAGAUGUUCUAAGGUUUCAGGCAAACUGCCAAAUAGCACAUUCCAUUUUCUCUGCACAUUAGGAGCUCUGACUGCGACUAAGUUCCUGCUACUGGAAACCCAGUCCAGUACGAUCACUGUGCUGGAUGUGUCUUGCCUGACUCUAUGCUUGUGAGGAGGCCAGCUCUGUUUUACAGUUUCUAUAAACAGGAUCCAACUAGCCUGCUGGAGUCAGAACAUGCUAGGGUGCUUCAUAUUCAAUACACAACCUUAUAAAGAGAAGAAAAAUGAGCCUUGUCCAAAACUCUUACCUCAGCACCCACUGGCAAAAAUAGAAUGUAAGCUGGGGACCACGUCUCUUUGAAGCUGAUUUUUUUAAAAACUCUCUAACAGGCCUCUGGUGGUUACAGAUAUUGAUCGUCAGAAAGUAAUCUGUUCGGGUUUGGGGGCAUGCCACUACAAAUUGUGGAAUGCAUUCCUUCCUCUCCAAGGACAUGUUGAGCUUUUUAUAUUGUCCAUACUGGCUCACUUGUCAGCUGUCUACUCUAUUUGACAUGAAUUAUUUUCUACCUUGUAUGGGGUUAUAAUUAAAUAUAUUUUUAAAAUAAGGAAUUUUAUUAACAUAGAAUCUUUAGCUUGAGUCAAAACAUUCUUUUCAUCUUUUUUAGCUCUCAUUUUUCUUCCAUAAUCAUUAUUUGAUUCCCUCUGGCUGCCUGCUACUUAUUUGUAGUAGUACCAUUCAUCCAUUGAGACCUUUCCAUCUGUCACACAGCUUUGCUUUCUUUACCCGAAGCUCUGUUCUCCCACUGUGCCAUAUUUACCACCCCCUCCGCCUUCUCCUUCCCCUUCUCUUCUUAGUUGGACUGAACACUAUUUUGUGCAGGUGUUUUUGUAUUUUAUUUCUGUUAUUUUUGAUUUAUAAAAAAAUAAUGUGAACGCAUUUGCUAAUAUCUGAAGACUGAUGUCACUUGUGAAAAUUGUGUAUUUCUUUGGGUUUUCAUGAGAGAAAGUUGGGGUAGAUCCAGAGCGUUUUAACAUUCUGAAUGUUAAGUGAAGCAGUAGGAAUUGCACAACCAAGAUUUGCAUACGAGGAAAGAGUGGUGCAACCUUCUCCUUUCUAUGUGUCUCCUUGCUUGUUUGUUAACCAUUGCCAAUUAGUUGCUUAGAUGUGUGUGUGUGUGUGUGUGUGUGUGUGUGUGUGUGUGUGUGUGUGUGUGUGAGAGAGAGAGAGAGAGAGAGAGAGAGAGAGAGAGAGAGAGAGAGAGAGAGAGAGAGAGAGAGAGAGAAUUUCAAUGCUUGGAAAUGCUCAGACACAAAAAUUAACCUUUGUUGCUAUCACUUCUCCUCAGACAUUACCAUUAGUUUCUACUAAAAUUAUAUGUCCUCUGACAAAUGAAAGGAUUCCAGAGAUAGGAAAAGAGGUGAAAACACUGAUAAACUAGUUAACUGAUGAAAAAAAUCUCUAUUUUGUUUACAUUAUUGAAGACCGUAUAUUGUGGUGUGGUAAUCCUUCAAAGAGAAGGCUCUUUCCUUCCUGAUGGAUCUGUUAGGUGGGACUGAUAACGUAGCAGAGAAUAGAAUAUUUUCCAGAGGAAAUUCAAAGUGAAUUUUAAGAAUAAGGAAUUUUACAUUAACAUAUGUCAUUGUAUUUAAAGUUUUGCUUCCAAGAAGAUUGUUAUUUUUUCAUUUUUUGUAAUCUAAUACCUUGAAUUUAAAUCUUGAAUGAUAUUCAACAUGUUUUCCACAUUAGUUUGCAAUACCCUGGUGAUAAAUUUCUUCUCGGCAUGGAAAGUAUUGAAGUGUGUGUCUUGGGAUAUAAAGCAUGCAAAGCUUUUCCUGACAACAGAUCCUUUAUCAUCAUUCAAAAAAAAUCAGUGAAUCUGUGAUCAUCUUUUAGACUACAGUUGUUGUAGUUGGUAGAUAGAUAGAUAGAUAGAUAGAUAGAUAGAUAGAUAGAUAGACAGAUACACACAUACAUACAUAUAUAUAUAUAUAUAUAUAUAUAUAUGUAUGCAUACAUAGAUAGUUGAACAGACAUAUGGAGGAGUAUCUGUGUGAUAAUUUAGUAUCUGUGUUGUAUUUUGAUUAUGUUUUGAAAAGUAGAACCAAACAAGAAGCUAGUUUUGCCUAGUCAACUAAAAAUAAUUCUGUUAUUUUUGAGGUUUGCUGAUGACCAAAUGUACUUGUAUCAGGUUUUACAGGUUCAUAGUAUUGAACUUAGGUCACUAAAAGUCUUUGUUAAGCAGAAGGUACAGUUGUGCUGACAAGGAACUCACGGUGUAGCUAAGGGAGGGAAAACACUGACUCCUUGCUUCUGCCUUCAGUGGAAUAUAGAACACUGAGAAUAUGUUGGUUGAAGAAUGGUUGAUUAAAUUUGGAUCAUACCAAAUUAGGGCCAGGAAAGGAAAAACUGUUCAAGGGCAUAUCUGGACACCAUAUAAAUGAUGGUGUUAGGGUGAGAAAAGUUUCAGAGAGUAAUGUAUGUAUGUCUUUAGAACUGUACAGGUCCAUUUUAUUUUGUAGGAAGAUAAGAUGAUAGAAGAAACAUAAUUAAAAACAUUAAUACAUACUGAGAGUUGACUGUGUCAGUCCUUCAACAGUUAAAGAUGAUCAAGUAACUUCUUGCCUAUAGGAAACUCCUCCAACUAUCUCCUAUCUAUCUAUCUAUCUAUCUAUCUAUCUAUCUAUCUAUCUAUCUACCAUCUGUCAUCCACCAUCUCCAACAAUUGUAGCUCAAAAGAAGGAGAAAGAUGCACUGAAUUUUUCUGAAUAAUACAGGAUCUGUUAUUAGAGGAAGCUUUAUAUGGAAAAUGAUUUUAAAAAAGUUGUGUUGAAUAGAAAAAGGAGAUGUCUACUGACACUGCAAGGAGGUAGGUUUGGAAGGGCAAAAGUCUUAGGAAAAAGGAAAACUUACUGAGGUUAAAUUGGCAUUUAGGGGUAUUUCACUGGAGCAAUUUACAUAUUUGUAGCUGGGAGCUAAAAAGUCAAGGAGAAUAAACACUUUUUUUAAAAUAAUUAUAUUUCCCACCAUUCUUUUUCAGUUUCACAAUGCCAGUGAAGAAAUACCAGUAAGGAGGAUAGGUACUGCCAAUGAGAAGGGACCUUGAAAAUGAACAAAUACUGAGGUAUACAAUACCUAGGUUUACGAUUGAGAACUGCACACAACUACCUAGGCUCCAGGAGUAAGAGGAAAUCGGAGGGUGGGCAGUUCUCACAUUUGAAAUGCAGUCCCAAAUGAUCUCGAUUUCUAGUAAGACGCCAUCUUGUUCACGUUUCCCAUUUGAAGUAAAGGUUGUGAAGUCAUCUAGAGCUUUCAUGUGUGUUUUGUUCACAUUUAAGUCUGUGUGUCAUGUGUGUUUCUGGUGCUAAUGGAGGCCGAAGCAAGAUCAGUUCACCUAGAACUGGAGUUUUGGAUGGCUGUGAGCCAUCCUGUGAGUGCUUGGGAAUCAAACCCUAGUUCUCUGUAACAGCAUCGAGUACUCAGCAACUGAGGCUGUUCUACAGUCCAGUGUUUUUGUUUCUUAAUUUUAAAAUUUUUGCUUUGAGACUGAAUUUCAUGUAAGCCAAGCUGACCUUGAACUCACUGUGGGACCAAGGAUGACCUUGAAAUCUCAAAUUGUCUUCUGUGAUUACAGACAUACACCAUCAAACCAGGCUUUCAUUCAGAAACUUUCAAAAUCUUUCUCCUCUCUCCAUUAAAAACCAUUUUUUAAGGAUGUUCAUGAAUGUUGGAAAAUGACCAAAAUUCCUGAAAUAAUCAAAAGAAAAAGGUGAAAUGUUAAAAUAAAGAUAUACAAUGUUACAAUAUCUCUGAAUAAUGUUUCACAUAAUAUAAAUUUUCAGGGCUGAGAAAAUGAGUCAGCAGUGAAGAACGCAUACUGCUCUUGUAGUUACCAAGUUUGGUUCCAAGCACUCAAUUCAAGUGGCUUACCACUCGGGAACCAGCUCUGUUCUCUGUAGGCUCCUUCAUUCUUGUGUGCAUACACAUAGACAAACGUAAAUAUAAUUAAAAAUAAUAGAAAUAUCUCUUUAUGUAUGUAUAUGUACUCUUUAGAUUACUUCUUAUAAAAUAGAAUCAGUAGAAAAGAAUCACACUGAUAUUUUUCUUAACAAGCAUUUGGACAUGGUUGAAGGUAUUUUAUGUGGUGAAAAAGAGGACACUAUAAACUGUAAAGGUCAACAGUUAGUCUGAAAUUAUGCCUAAUUUGUAAUCACUUGGAAAACAAGAAACAACAUCAAAUAGUUAGCUAUUUCUGUGUUUUGGGAAAUAGGCACAUUAUAGUAGUUAUUGUGAGAAUAAAACAAAGGAGCUAGGUCUUACAAUUACUCUAGAUUUCUGAUUGAUGGUAAUUCUUUAUGGUCCACCAUUUAGGGAAAGGAAACCAAGGAAGAAAGUUCACAUUAUGAGUCUGAGUCCAGGAACAAUGUAAUAAGUAAGGACACUGUUAUUGCUGGAAUUCACAGAACCAAAUGUUUGAGAAUUGAGGACUGAGGAAAGAAGCUCAGCAGAUCAGUAUGACCCAAUAGAAUCCAUGCAUGCAUAUGAAUAAACUACAAUAAUAUGACUAAUGAACCAAAGGAAAGAAAAUCCACUAUGGAGUUUCAUUCAGGCAAGCAAGCAAAUAAGCAAAUAAGCAAAUAAAAACCCAAGGAAAAUUUAAAAAAAAAAAUAAAAAAAACCUAGAACAUCUACAAGGUUGCAAAUUGACUAGAAAGCUCCAAUGCAGAGUUCAUAUGGUGCAGAGAAACUGGAGUGAUAGUAAGCAACAAACCUUGUGGACAGAAAACAUUUAGGUGAAUGAAAGAAACCCUUUCCCCUAAAAUCUGUGAAAAGAGUAAUUGGACUUUCAAAGGAAAAAUGAAAGGACCUUGAACUGUAUGAACAUACAAAAUAUACUAAAUAACAUACAGAAAAGGAAAAUUAUUCACAAAAACAUACAGUAUCACUGAAAAUAUCACUAUAGACAAACUUCCAAAACAGUUAUUCAAAAAAGUUUAAGAAGUAAUCCGAAAAUUGUUGAAACAGAAGAAAUGAAGAGAGGAAAAAAAGAGGUGAGACAGCUAGGAGGUAGAGGCAGAAUGGCAGAUUAGAGCUUGCCAAGUUGAGUUCUAUAAUAAAGUGAAGGACCUAACAAACAAUUGUGAGGCAUGUGAAUUUCAGGUUAGAACAAAGCCCAAGCCCAACCAUCCGUCGGGUAUGUAUGUGAAAGUACUGAUGGACUGUGUUCAGCAGUGUCCUCAGAUCCCAGAGCAAGACCGUAGGCUCCCGGUUGAACACACAGCAGCAGUCUGAGUGAGAACCUGCCAGGUUUUGGCAGAGCCAUCCCUGUCUUGCUAAGAACAAGUAGAAAGUUUGAAUUGUAUUUUUGAUCAUUUAAUUUUUAUAUUAGUUUUAAGAUAUUCAUGAAUAUUCUUGAGUUGGAGGCUAAUGACAGAAAGUGACAGGCUCCGGCCACCCCAAGAAGAGUUGGGCAGUCUUACCAUUGUCUUCCCAUAGGUGACCGUGAAUGGCCACCCCAAGAAGAGUUGGGCAGUCUUCCCAUAGGUGACCGUGAAUGGCCACCCCAAGAAGAGUUGGGCAGUCUUACCGUUGUCUUCCCAUAGGUGACCGUGAAUUCUGGACAUGUUAAUAUAUCCAGUUGAUGAGUUUCUUCCUGUUACAGCAGAUUCACCUACCUACCUGUUGAGAUAGGAAAAUGGCUAUAACUUUAUGGGAUCCAAGAAAUAUAUGUUAAAUAAUAGAAGGAAUCUGGUAGAAACAUCAUAAUUGUUUUUACCUUCAGAAGAAAAAAGAAAGAUUUUAGGGCACUGCUGAGCUUUCUCUCUCUGCAAUAUAGAGCCAUCCUAGUCACAUAUAAGGAUAACCCACAAAAAAAGAAAAAUCUAUCAUUAUUGUGUUGUGGCCAAUUGUUUUCAAUUUCAGAUGAUGUGCCAAAAAUAUUGGUGACAGGCUUCUUAAAACAUUAGGAAGAUUAUGCUUUUUAGUAGAUCUAAAUAAAGUAGAUUUUUAAAAGAUAAAUCUAACAGUGAACUUCAAAACUGAGUGUUAUUCGGUUUAAUACAUAUCAUAUAUAGUAUAUUAUAUGUAUAAUAUAUAAUAUAUAUUAUAUGUAUAAUAUACAUGAUAGAUACACAUAUAAAAUGUAUAUAGAACAAUAGAAUCAUGGGUGCCAAAAUGAACUAGCUAUACAGAGGCCUAGUAUAAAAUACAAAACUCUCAAGAUGAUGCUCAAUAAUUUAAAGGAAGAUACACAGAGGAAAGGAUUAGAAAACAAUCACCAAUAUUUCAGCAUGUAUACACACACACAAACAAAUAAACAUUUACACACAGCACACACACACACAUAUAUAUAACUUGCAUAUAUCAAUAUAAAUUUUACAUAUAUCUAUGUAUAAGUAUAUAAUUGUGCAUGUGCAUUUUUAUAUACAAAACUAUAUCCCAAUCAACCAUAUUUUAUGCAUUAGACUAAAUUACUGAAGAACAUAUAGGUAUGAUAUUGGUAUCAAUGAGAUUUAUUAGGUGAUACUUGUGAUAAAUGCAAGGGUGUCAACUAUAGAGAUUUAAUUCAAUAGCUUUGUUAAAAGGAAAGUGUGCCUUGAAUGUUUCAUUAUCGAUAUGACAGACCUAACAGCAGAGUGAGUGAUGUUAGCCACUCUAUUUUAGGAAUCUAAAAUCUAUUUAAUGUAUUAUCUCAUUCCUAAUCACUCAUAAAGAUAAAGUGUGAUGAAUUCUAAUAUUUUGUAUAAGAACUCAUAAAGUAAGUGAUAUCAAUAAUCUGAGAAUUUACUUGCUUCUUACAAGUUCAAAUAGUGUCAAAAGUGCCUAGGCAAACAUACUCAAUUUACAAGUUCACCAAGUAUAUUUCAAGAAAUACAGAGAAAUGUGGGUAUAAUUCUGUUCUCAAUAACUUUGAGGAUGAGGGCAGCUGAAAUAUAAUGGAAGAUUAAAAUCAGAAUGUUAAUUUAUCACUUUAAAAAGCUACAGUGAGAAAAACAUGAGAAUUGAUCAGUAUGUAACUCUAUGUGUUAUAUGCAACCAGGGAGUACCAAACAAAAGUGUAAUAGAGAGUUUACUAGCAGAGUGUGUUCAAAUAAGCAAUGCAUUUUUGAGAGCAACAUCUACAGAAUGUCCCACACCAUGACCCCAUAAAAAGUAAGAAAAGAAGGCCCAAAGAAUAAAAUUUAGGACAAGAUCACUGUCUUUGGUAAAAUGUAGCAUGAAAAAGCAAUAAAAGUUAAUUGUGCUGUUAUUUUGCAAUGUUGUUUUUUUUUUCAAGAAGAAAGUUUUCUUCAGUAAAAGAAAGUAAAGUUCAUGAAUUAUCUGUAACUUAAAACUGAAGAGUGUCUCUCAUCAUAAUAGAGGGCAACAAAUCCCGAAUAAUAAUAGAAUGAAUGGAGGAUGCUUUCAUGAUAGAAAGUAAAUGCCAGGUAAAUAAUAAGCUAUUUUCAACAUUUGCAGAUCAAGCAUACAAAAAUAGAGCAUGCUCAUAUAACCCAGGUAUGCAGAUAUCAGGUAUAUGAAGGACAGUGGUUGAUUAAUGUUGAAAGGAUUCCAAAUUCAGUAAAGCCUCCACCAACAAAAGUCCUUCAGAAGAAUGAAGAGGCAUGAAAGAAUUCUUCCCAUGGAGACCAUGUGCCUGUGAUGUUCCUUACACUUCUACUUUAAGAUAUUAUAAGGGUCUACAUUCCAGUGAUAAGUCAGUUUUGGUAACAGAGCCAGUGAUAAUGGCUUAAUUAUCCAACUCAGUUCAAAUACACAAAACUGAGUGAAGGUCUGGACUAUCAACUUAGAUUAUAGUUUUCAUAACUAACAGAAUGAUGGACACAUGGUGAAGGGUAGCAUUGGGCAGAAGUAUAAAUAUCUUCAAGAACUCUUACUCAAUUUGGAGAUUCAAGAAUACACUGCAGGUUUCCCUUGUAGAGCACUAACUACUCUAAAAUACAUCAUUUGGUCUUGGGACUGAAAGAAGGUUUAAAGACUUCCAUUUGUAUAUUUUCUAAAACAGAUUUAAUAACAACGAUGGUAAGGCAAGGAGUUAAAUGAGAGCACGUUAAAUAAAUGGACACUUUUGCAAAACACAAGUGUUAUUCUUAUAUCUGAAGAACCCAGUUUUGUCACGUGUACUCCAACAGCUAAUAUUUAAUGAGCACACAAAUGUAUUUUGUAUGUACUACGUUAUUCAUAUAGAUUAUCAUUUGUUAAUUUAUACUAAUUCCAUAAAGUAGAACUGAUAAUCAUAAUUCAAACAAAAAAUCAGACCUUAUUUGUUUGAUCGCAGUGCCCCAAUUGGAAUAACCAAAAUUUCUAUUCCUGUUAAUGUGCCAUAAGAACCCCCAUUCCCAUCCUUGAUGGUCUUGUGUAUUACUGAUGUUGCUGGAAAUAAAACUAGCCUAAACUGCAAGUUUGAGAAACAAAGAAAUGGAAACCCACUCAGGAUAGCCCGCGUGCCUUUUGGGAGGUUGGCAGUCAAAUGUGGCACCAAACUCUGGAUCCAAUCAAAUGUUUAGUACUGUCCAACCUUCCAUAUGGUUGAGAGAUCUCGGUCUGUCACAGAUGUCGCAGGCAGUUUCCUACAUCACCUGCAAGACAUAUGUGACGUAAAUGUGAAAGCAGAAUUUCUAAAAGUUACCCCAGCUGGGUUUGUAACAGUGAGGCCCAGCACAGCAGCAAGCAUGGGAAACAGGCAAAGUUGGGGCAUGAUUCACUAGGAGGCCCUGAGUCAGCCGCUCAGCGGGGAGCUGAAAUGGGGCAUUGUGAGGAGGUGGGGGCAGGCCUGGCAAAAGAAAGGCUUGGAGGACACAUUGAAUCACAACUUCUAACAAUGUGGCAUGGCUAUGCAAACAACAUCAGACAGGCCAAACUUACAUGCAAAAAAAUCAAAGACUGAGUGACUCUUUUUGGGCAAGUGUGUCUGGCAGCCUACAAGGAGGAAAGGCAGGGCUGUAAGUACAAUAUGCUCUGCAGACAGAGGAGAGAGUCCCAGCCCAAAGACUGCUUCCAUGUGUGUGAAGUGUGGAAAAUCUGAGACAUGUACUGGGCUCUUCAGCCACAUUCUCACCCUUGGAAAGCAAUCAGCCACCAGACAAAUCUCCAAUUUAAAUGACAGCAAAAUGUAUGCUUGGAGUUAUCUGACCAAAUUAGCAACUGAGAUAUUCUAGGGACUUAAUUUGCACAUUGAGUUUAAAUAGUAUUAUAUUUGUAUAGCAGAUUAUGUAACCAAAAAUGUUAAUGGGAAAAUGAUUUUAUUUGACUGGGAAAUUGGCACCCUGACUAAUUGUCUGAAAAGGAGCCAAUUUUAAAAUUCAGAUGCUAUUUGAAUGAACUAGUAUCGACUGAAUUAGGAUUUAUUGUGUAAAAUAUGCAGUUUUUAAAAAUAGUCUAAGGAAAGAAAAAAAGGACUCAAUGAACUAAGUUUGUGUACCUCACUGUGUUCUUGGAUGAGCUUCAGAAUGACAUAAAUAAGGCCAUCAAAAUCAUCAGGGAGCCUGGGGCAGCAUGGGACAUGAUAAAUGUCCUAAAGUGAACAUACUGUAGGAAUAUGGUUGUUGUUAUUGUUGUUGUUGUUGUUUUGGUGUUCCUUAGUAGGAUGGGUUGGUUUCUGUAUGCCACUUAGCCAGAUAACAAUUCUUUGCUAUAAUGUUUGGUUACUUUUGUAUAAAUACCUAGGAGUAUUAUAUGCUUAUUCUGUAUACAUUGUGCACAUUGGUAUGAGGUGGCACAUGCUUAGGAAUAACUAUGCUUUCAAUGUGAUAUUUAGUGUGUUUGGUAUGUUAUGGAAGCUCAAGUUUAUAAUAAAUGCUGAUAAUAUUUUUUUCUUACCACGAAAUUUAUUAGCUGUAACUGGCAGACAAUAAAUAAGAAAUAAUACUUGAUAGUAAUUAUUUUCAUGGAAGGAAGUUUUUAUUCUUUAGAAAGAUUUCCUUUGUUAGUCGACUGUAAGGAUCUUAUUAUUCAGGUUAUCCUGUCUCCUCCAGAGCAAGCUUGGAUCUUGUAAACAACAGUUAACUGGCCCUUUUCUUCCAUAACUUGCCUUUGGGGUGUGGAAAAGUACAAGGCUUCUUCAGAAAAGCCUUUCCUCUUCACCCUAUCCCUGGCAGCCCCCCUCUCUAAGACAACAUCUUCAAGUUGCCAUAGACAAACUGUGAGUGUUAAAUGAAUAUCCUUGACAGGAGCUAAGUCUUUUGGGCAUUAAAAUAAAGUUUUGCCUCUCUCUUGGCAUGUGAAGAUUGAGCGUGUGCUUUGACACUAGUAGCAGAGGAUGUGAGCAAGGCAACUUUCAGAGCCUCAGAGGUGUCGGCAGAAAGAAAAAUCAGCAGUCGUAGGAAGUAUCAAGGUAAUUUCCUACCUGUAGAAUACCAGGAAGUCAGUCAGCUCAUUGUCCCUCUUGGCCGAUAGAGCCUCCUUCCCUGUUGUCAAAUACCACAGAAGCUAUCUUUCAACUUCUAGUGCAGCAGUUCUCUUAGAGAGAAGCACAGAGGUAGGAACAAAACCAUGUGCAAAAAUUUUAAAAUCGUGUUUCUUGAUUCAUUCACAUGAAGGUAUGUUGUUAUUGUUGGGGGGAAAUUUCUCUUGAAUAUCUCAUAACCAGAAUACUUAUUACAUUUGUUUGAAUUUCUUCAAGAAUGGAAACUAUCAUUUUCAAAGGGAAUAAAUGUUUCCAAUAUCUCCUGGUUUGUUUCAGGUUUAGGAUUGUAAAAUAUCUUUGUAUUUGCAUUGUGGGUGUAGGAACCAUUUUCUUGCUGGUGCUGAAAUAGCCCAAUCUUCCUAUUGAUAUGUAGUAUGUACAAACUGAUGUCUACCUGUUACAAAUUGAGGCUAGGGGAUUUUAUUUUUCACCAAGGUCCAAACCUAUGUAUCCCACAACCAGGGUAAGAAAUAGGAUGUUAUGCAUAGUAAGGUUUACAGUCACUUGAAUUUUCUGAAUACUUUCAUUUGCUUAUUUUUCAAAUUUUCAAAGUAGCAAAAUGUCACCACAUAGAGGUUGCACCUAUGUUCAAACAUUUUGGUUUUGUAAAGAUCCUCUAGUAACCUCAUCACAUAAUUUCCAUUAAUAUUUAAUUCAUUGCACGUAGCAACCUGUAUAGCUAUAGGAGAGGACAUAAAUUAGCAUUGCAGAGUAUGAACAUUUGCUUCAUGGCAAAACUGUUUCUUCUGGCAACCAUUUUGCAUUUUUAAAGCCACAAGCACUCUGUGUAACAGAACUCCAAGCAGCGGGGCAGCAAACUGGGAUGAAGAUACUGUAACUAAACGAAGGAGGGCUGAGGGGUUAAAAACUUUGCUGGAUGAUUUUACCAUGACUGCCCCAAAUUCAUACUCUUAGUACAUGAAUGAAGAGAGUCCCCUGUGAGAUUUAUAAACUUGCUGGAAAUGGAUGAGAAACCUUCUGCUCUGCUGGAGUUUUCAGAGUCUCAGUGGUGAUCCUCCUGCUUCAGCAUUCUGAGUGGCUAAGAUUACAAGCCUACACCACCAUGGCCAGAUCACUGUCAUUUGUUAAUAUGAUCAGUGUCUUGCCCAGUUGUCAUCAGAGAGUCAUCAUCCAGAAACUGAUGGGAGAAGAUGCAGAGAGCUACAGCCAAACACUAGACGGAGUCAGGAGAACCCUGCAGAAAAGCUAUACUCGAGGGGUGCAGAUGGAGACUGGAAAGAAAUUAUGAAGAUUUGUCAUACUUCUCCAACCCAUUUCCUGAAGUUUCAGUGUAUAAAAACAUCAUCUUCACCUUUUGGCUGGUGCCAUGUCAUCCAGACUGAGGAAGAUCUGGCAACUCCAGGUGUUUCCUGUAUCAGCAAUUGGGCAGAACCAAUAGAUUCAGAUCCUGGAAGAGGACGUGGGAGUUUGGGCAUAGAAGAAUAGAAGACAAGGCAGAACAUACAGAAUGAUCUUCUAACCGGGUGUUCUAGUUUGCCUACCAAAACCUGAAACACGAUCUUUCCCAUAAAUGCUGGGGGCUCCACUGCCUUUGCCUCUCGGCAUCAUCCCCUUUCUUUGGGCUUUGCUUGUUACUUACUAGGUGACUGAGAACUAGACAAUGAUUUGAAAAGACCUCAGAAUCAAAACUUUGUCAAAAUUAACUGGAUUUGAUAUAGCAAUCAUUAUAAUAAGCAAUACUAAAUAAGUAAGUUAUUUUUAUUCACUAGUUGUAUAAACUGUAAGUGAACGCAUCCUAGACCAUUGCAAAAAUGAAUGUAGGUUUUCUCUACAUCUCUCUCUUCUCUUUUUCAUUUUGUGAUUUCUCUGUUUUUAAUGCUAUCGCCUCCUAUGGAACAUUUUUAUGCUAAUACUUGCAAAUGUAUUUCAAGUCUCAGUUUUGUCACUGAGUUUAAUAAAAGUUAUGUAACAUUAAUAUUUCCCUAAGUCAGUCACUGACAUCUUUCUCAGUCCUUCCUUGUAUAUUAUGAGACUCUAAUUAUCCUAAACUUCAAUAUUCAGUUGUAGAGAGGGAACCAAAACUUAACCUGUAACUGGAGGAUUGCCCAGCAUAGUCACUUUGUAGAAUGUCUUCAAGAUUUUAUGAUAAUGCCUCAUUCUAAGUAUGUCCAUCUUCCAUCUCCCUUAGACUAACAACCAUCUUUAGUCUCUUUUUGCUUCUUGUUCUUGGACAUUUUCUAAUCAGUACAAUCUAGUUCCAUGCCAUGAAUAUCCCCCUACACAUACACCCCUACUCAUACACCCCCUACACAUAUACCCCCUACACAUACACUACCUACAAUACACCCCUACACAUAAACCCCUACACAUGCACCCCUACAAUACAUACCUACAAUACACCACUACACAUACACUCCCUACACAUACACCCCCUACACAUAUACCCCUGCACAUACACCCUACAUACACCCCUACAAUACACCCCUGCACAUACACCUCCUGCACAUACACCCCCUGCACAUAUACCCCUACACAUACACCCCCUGCACAUACACCCCUACACAUACACCCCCUGCACAUACAACCCUACACAUACACCCCCUGCACAUACAACCCUACACAUACACCCCCUGCACAUACAACCCUACACAUAUACCCCCUGCACAUACAACCCUACACAUACACCCCCUGCACAUACAACCCUACAAUACACCCCUAUACAUACACCCCUACAAAUACACCCCUACACAUAUACCCCUACACAUACACCCCCUACACAUACACCCCUACACAUACACCCCCUACAAAUACACCCCUACAAUACACCCCUACACAUACACCCCUACAACACACCCCUAUACAUACACCCCUGCACAUACACCCCUACACAUACACCCCCUACACAUAUACCCCUGCAAUACACCCCUGCACAUACACUCCUAUGCAUACACCCCUGCACAUACACCCCUGCACAUACACCCCUAUACAUACACCCCCUACACAUACACCCCUGCACAUACACCCCCUACAAUACACCCCUACACAUACACCCCUGCACAUACAUCCCUAUAAUACACACCUACACAUACACCCCUACACAUACAUCCCUACAAUACACCCCUACAAUACACCCCUACACAUACACCCCUACACAUACACCCCUACACAUACACCCCCUACACAUACACCACUACAAUGCACCCCUACACAUACACCCCUAUAAUACACCCCAACACAUACACCCCUACAAUACACCCCUAUACAUACAACCCUACACAUACACCCCCUACACAUACACCUCUACAAUACACCCCUACACAUACACCCCGACAAUACACCCCGACACAUACACCCCGACAAUACACCCGACACAUACACCCCUACACAUACACUCCCUACAAUACACCGCCCACACAUACACCCCUACACAUACACACACAUGCUGUGUUUUCUCUCACAGAAUUAAUCUGCUAGGGCAAGCCACCUACCAUUUGAUAUCUAUCUGCACUGAAAACAGCCUCUGAAGAACCCUCCCUUCUUUAAUUUCCCCUUUCCUUGGCUUCUCCUUGGUCCCUCUCAGAACGUUAGAGGCUUCUUGCCUUUCACAAGUUUCAAAUAUCUUCCCUGGCUUGAUACUCAAAAACAUUUGUAUCUUGGUAAUUUUCUUUUUAAUCAUUUGCAUAACACUUGUACAAAGAGAGACUCUAGUUUAACAGGCCCAUUCACGUUUUAAAUAUUUUAUAGAUAAUUACCUAAUUACGAUAUUUCUCUUUUCCAUUUCUUUUGUUUAAACUCUCCCAUAUACUCCUCCUCACUCUCCUCCAAAUUAAUGGCUUGUAUAUUUAUAUGUAUAUACAUAUAUAUUCCUAAAUAUGACCUGUUCAGUUUCUAAAAUUAUACCAGUAUGUAUGUUUUCAGGGCUGAUUUUUUUUGGCAUAGGAAAAAACAGCCAGUGCGCUUCUCUGGGGAAGGCCACCUCUCCUGCUUCUGGCUUUCUGUAGUGGCCUGUAGUUCUUUCUUUAGGACUGAAGCCUCACAGGCUUUGCUCCAAAAGGUUAGGCUUGUCCACUGGUGUCAUUCUUGUUUAGCUCACGUAUGGUUACCCCCUAAAGGUAGAAGGUAAAUCCCUAUUGCAGAAGACACCAUGCCUGUCAGACACAGGGUUCAGAGAACUCUGAGCAGGAACUGACCUGAAUGACCUCUCCCUGAGAAUUAUCUUUUUGGUAUCAGAAGGCACCAUACAAGCUUCCAAAGAAGGGAGGUAACCAAGAGUUCUAUUCAGCUUUGAUGCCUAUUAAACAGAUCAGCAACCAUUAUGGCACCAUAACCCUAAGGUUGCAGUGGGGGCUCAUGGUAACCAAUAGCUCUCUAAUAGUACUUAACAACCUGCUCAACAGGAGGGAUACCAUGCCUGUUGCUGGAAACCUAGCAAAUUACCCAGUGUUAGUGAAACCAUGGUUAUUGGAGGGGAAUCUACAAUAACUGAUUUAUUAUGUUACGUUGCUAGGCUGCGAGGUUUGAAUGAAAAUGGCCCCCAUAGGCUCCUAGGAGUGGCCCUAUUUGACUGUGGCCUUGUAGGAGUAGGUCAGGCCUUGUUGGAGGAGGUGUCAUGGGUAGUAGGUUUGGGGUUUCAGUAGCUUAAGCCAGGCCCAGUCUCUUUUCAUGCUGCCUGCUGAUACGAUGUAAAACUCUUUGCUCCUUCUCCAGCACCAUGUCUGCCUGUGUGCCACCACACUUCCUGCCAUGACAGUAAUAGACUAAACCUCUGAACCUAUAAGCGAGCCCCAUUUAAAUGUUUUUCUUUAUAAGAGUUUCCAUGCUCAUGAUGUCUCUUCACAGCAAUAGAAACCCUAGCUAAGACACAGACUAGCUUAGCAUAAUCCCUAACAAUGACAUAUAAUUGUACAUCCCUACCUGUACAAGUAAGUGUAGUUUUUGCUGCCCAGCCACUUCUCAGAAGUUGGUGCACACCCAGAUAUGCACUGCAGAUGUAAUUUCUUCCCCUAGUUCUCAUAUUGUCAUUUGUUCUCUCUGUAACUUUUACUUGCCAGCACUUUUUGUUCAAAAGUCUUUACCAUGUUAUAGACCCCUAAAGAUUAUCUUCUCCCCUUUCUCCAGAAACUCUGUCCCUGUUCAAACUUAAGCUCUUGGUGAGCCAGAUAUGAUUCAGUUAUCAUUACAUUAUCAAAAUACAUCACUGUAAUUUCUCAGCAAUACUCAAUAACUAUUAUUUUAAUGCAGAGAAUUAUUAAACCUCAAUGCUUGCCUUAGAACAUGCUUCUUGAAAUUCCGUGGUCAGCUUAUUUAGUAGAAUUAAAAGGCUUCAGACAGCUGAAUGAAAUGAUGUUGUAAAUUCUCAAAACUAUGAAACCACUGAUUUUUUUAAUGAUUUUGAACUGUUUGUUGAGACUUGCAUUCUGAAUGCUGUCCUUUAGUUUCAUAUUUUGUAACCUCAGAUAGUUGUGUCUAUGAAGGAAUUAUACAGUGUUAGAGAGAUGGAUUUCAAAAUUAGCAGGUGAGUUUCCAGUAGACAUAUGCUCAGCUAUAAUCCAUGAAUAUAGAGGCAGCUUCACAUUUUACAUUGAAAGCAAUUGGCAAAAUAGUUAAUGGAAUUGACACCAAGAAAAAGUAAGUUGUUUAACUGAGGGCAAAUGAAACAAAAGACUAAAUCUCUAUCAGGAAGUGCAAUUCAAAUAUAGCGUUGUUUAAAACGUUGUACUCCAACCUCAUGGACUUGCUGAAGACGAGGGAGGGGCAAAAGAACAGAAAAUACUUGAGGUUGAAUUUACCCCCUGACUUCACACUCAGAUAAACUUGCAAAUGCAAUUGGUUUAUUUUGUAUAAAUAAGCAAGAAUGCUGGAAGAAGCUAAAUAUCUUCAUAAAACAAAACAUUAUGAUACCAGAAACCCUUAGGAAUAGCACUAAUGCUUUUAAAUGAAGGUUUUAUUUGUCUCUGAGCUGCAAAAAGGAGUCACUAAUGAGAUGUCAUUUAAAUUCUAACACCUGUUUAAUGGCAGUUUUUCUCUAUCCCCAAAGAGUAGCUGUUUAUGAAUGUUUGCAGCUUUCCAAGUGUAUCUACAAGAAUUGUUUUUCAUAAACAAUGUGUGCUUCUUGCUCACAUGCUCCAGCUGCAUUACAGCACAUGAUGAAAAUGGUUGGCUGUGGCAAUUUUUUUGUUAGAUGUGUUUCAAAUACUGAAAGUUAAAAGUUAAGAUUUUAUAAUCUUAUAGCAAAUAUUCAUUAGAAACUUCAUGUUUUACAGAUAUGUUAGUGUACAGUGGUAUAAGACGAAUAUGAUUUCUAGUUGUAUUCUUACUGAAAUGAGAUGGAAAGUACUAUGAUGGAAAAUGUGCCCACACAUUUCCUGCUCCAAGAACACAGUGUUAUUCAUAAAUGAGCACACAUGCAAAAGAAAUGUUUCUUGAGGUCUUUUUUUUCCAUCCAACAAGUCAAUAACUAGAAUGUCAGAAUGAGACUAUAUAAUCCUUUUCUACUACUUUUAUGAUUUUUCUCAUAUAAACAAUUUCCUUGUUAAGGAAAUUACAAAAAAAGGAGCCCACAAUAACUGUUGAAAUGUUCCUGUAUGGUUUCUCUCAAAAUUAAUCAGAAGGAAUAACAAAUAUUCUAUGGCCAAAUACAUAAAAAAAAAUCUACUAGUGAAAAUAUUUUCCUUCAAUGUCUAUCUCUUUUGUGGUCUCACUUUUGAACAAACCAUUCUCAUGGCUAUUGGCCACUAAUGAAACCUCUUGUAAUUCAGCACAAGUAAUACAUAAAUGCACUCUAACGAUUCACUUCUAUCUAGAGAAAUUCAAGUGUAAAUUUCUUGAAGUCGGAAUUUUAUGAAAAUGAGAAUAUGAAAUCUCAAAGGUGAUUCCUUCUAGGAAGGCUGUGAGACCCUUGUUUUAAGAAUGUGCAUCUUGUACCUGAUAGGACCAUAGUUGUUCCCUUCACAUGCUGGAUAUGAGACAAAGCAAUUCUUGUUUGUGAGUAAGCUGUCUUGUCCUGGGGAAAGGUGAGACCGGGGUCCCAUGGAGGAAAUCUUCAGAGCUCUGGAUUUAAGCUGAGUUCACUAAGCUUACUGAAAAGAGAAAAACUAAGUCAUGACAUGCUCCACGUGUGGACCCAGACAGCUCUAUAAAACCUAAGUGUUCUGCACAUUAAAGGAAGAAGGAACAAAAUUAUCUCAGAUGUGAUUGUAUUAUGCUGAAAACUAGUCUACGUUUCUUCCUCGCAGUCAUUAUUUUUCCGAUUCUUAGUGCCAAAUCAGCUCCUCUUCCCUCUGAAGAUCCUGUCCUCUUUGAGAUUCUAGUCAUUGAAAGUAUUCUUUUCAAUGAGCAGAACAAUGCGAUCUUUCUUUUUUUUGGUGUUUAAAAAUUCUCUCUACCUUCCCUCUCUUCCUCUCUCUCUGCCUCCAUAUAAUCAUACAAAUAUACAUAAACAUGUGCUGGAGAACCGGAAAACAUCAUGAGUUCUGGGUUUAUACAAUUUUUAUUUAUAGGUGGAAUCUCACUGUUUAAUCUGUGUUCUAAUUACUCACAGGAUUUAUUCACAAUUGCUUGACACACACUUCAUGCUGAGCCCAGGGAAAUAAGCAUAUUCUUUUUUUUCCUGUUGCAGCUCUUUCCUUGACUUAUGAAAGCCAAAUAUCCAUUCUGUAUGGAGAGAUGAAUCAGCAAUCCAUAUAAUAUCUAUUCAUCAUACAUAUUUCACAAGGAGGAUAUUGUGGUGACUGCAAAGUUCUUACAAAAAAUAAUAUGGAAAUCCGGAACUUGAUGUGGAGUGUCAGAGAGCCUCUUACUAUUAUUUACCUUAUCAGCUUUUGCUUUCUGAAAUCAAUGGAAGGGCAUCAAGUUCAGCUAAUCCAUAUUUCUGAGUAUGAAAUUGAAUUUAUAGUCUGUAGUAUGUUGACUACCGCUCGCAUUUAAGGCAUAAUUGAUUUUUAUUGAAAAGCCAGCAGGCACAUCAAAAAUUUCCACAAACCACAAGGAUGUUAAAUUUUACCCUGUUUAGAUAAUAGUGUGGCUUUAUUUAUCCUUUAAAAUGAAGCUUUUAUAUUUAUAUCAGCAAAUGCCAUGGAAGUGUGACUGAUACCUUGUGAAACCAUAAAUCCAUGGUUCUGUAAAACUGUGCUGCACAGAAAUAGCAACUUUAUAUUUCAAAGGUAAACGUCUGUGGUUGGUUUGUUUUAAGGAUAAAUGGAUAAAUGGAAUAAUAAAUCUCGCACCAUAUCAUGUCACAUGGCAACAUUCUUUCCCCUGAAACAACAGCUUGCACCAGUUUAUCUUUUUUCUCUUUCUCUCACAUUCUUUCUGAGUUUCAUUUUAUCUUCUGCUUUACACAUUAUGUAGUUUGUUUGUAGAGUCUUUAUGCAUAUGAAAUGUUAUUCUUACAAAAGUAUAUUCUUUUUUUUAAUCAGUCAUCAAUCCUAGCAUGUGAUACUUUGUUAAGUUCCGUUAAUAUGCCCCCAGCCCGUAUGAUAAGCCCGUGUGCCCCACCUCUGUAUAUUUAAAUUUUAGAAUGAAAAUGUUAGUGAAUACCUUUGUCAUAGAAUUCAUGAGCCUAACAUCAAGAGUUGUAUGGAUUUAAGCAUUGAGCUUUGUCUCUGAUGGGUGGAUAUGACAUCAUAAAUGUCAUAGGUUAGGUUUUCUUUCAGCCCUCCAAAAUUACAGCAGUAUUUACAUGGAGGAAUCAGGAUACAUUGUAUAGAGUUUGGGAAAUGUAUGGGAUUUAUUAGGCCUUUGUAGGAAAUAGACUGUAUCCAGGGCUGCAUUGACUUGUGCUGGCCAAGGGAGGGUAGACAUUCGUGGCCUGAAGAAAGGUCAACUCAUUCAGAGAUCAAUUGUCCUGUGCUUAUUGGGCUUUUAAGCAUCUUAUGAGGCAGACAUGCAUGUAGUUGAAAUACCUACUUACCAUUAUCUAUACUUAUACCCCAUUUCCAUUUUAGACUUCAGAUAUUUUAAAUUUUUAUUUUACUUUGUUUUUAAUUAUGUGCUAUGUUUGUGUAUAUAGGUCUGUGCAUGUUUGAAUGUAGGUGCCCACAGAUUCCAGAAGAGGGGGUGGGAAACUCUGGAGGUGGUGUUACAAGUAGUUGGGAGCAGUCCAUUGUGCAUGCUGGGAACCAAAUUUAGGUCCUCUACAACAGUAUAUGCUUUUAACUGCUGAGUCCUCUUUCCAACCUUAUAAUUACAAGCCUUUAAUAUGGUCUAAUAUGUCCUAACUUUUCUAGGAAUCAAACUUACAUGCAAAUUGAGAGAAAAUUAUUUUGAAUUUCAUUCAUUAUUGGUCACCAAUGGCAGCUGUUUAUAGUAUUGUUGCAUCAAAAAAAUUACUUUACUUCAGCUUAAUUGGUAGCUGAUGCUUCUAACAAACUUAGAAUGGUUCUUGCAUAUAUACCAGUGGUAGACUUCAUGUCUCCCUUAUACAGGAGGUUUUAAAUGUUCACAUUUCAAAAUAUAUACUGUUUUGCUAUAAUGUACUUUCUUUUUUAUUACCUCUGUUUUAUAGUUGGGACAUAGGCAUGGUAUUGGGGUUUUUUUUUAGUGAUAGCCUCAACAUAGCUGUAGUAUCUAUGAACUUCAUUUCACAAUAGUAAAUGAACUGUAAAAUACUUGCAAAAAGGUACGUACCAGAUCUGUUGAGGUUGAAAGCAACCACCUUUUGGUAUCAAGGAACACAUGCAUUAGUUAGAAACUUUCAAUGGUAAAUCUUGAGAUUAUUUUGAUACAACAAUAAUUUCCAAUGAGGAAAAUAGUGUCUCUGAGGGCUUUAAAUAUGUACCAAUAAGCAUUUAGUGCCUAUAUUGUUCUGUGUAUGUAUGAAGAGUGCUCAAAACAAUUUGUCAUAUUCACAGAAAUGAAAUGAUGAAACCUAAAGAGAUUAUACAUUAAUCUCUCAGGAGUAAACCUGGCAGGGAAAAGCAGUAUAACUUCCACAAAAGCAGGUACUAUCAAAGCAAUGUUUGACAGGCUCAGGGACAAAUCUUGUUAAUAAGUAAGAGGAUUUGUGCUUGGCUCUGUCACAUGCCACUUUGAAAACCUACCUACAAACUGUCUACAAACUUCAUGCCCAUCUUUCCCUCUGUGCUUUUCCAUGGUGUUUUACCCCACCAUUUCUCUCUACUUUAGUUGGUGGUAUUAUUUACUAGCUUUUAUGAGGAUACCAUGUGUAUGAUGACUGUGUGGUAGAUUUAUAGUUAACACAAUAUCUGCUGUAUCAUUUCA